AUGUCCGCCGCGCACCAGCACCAGUUGCGCCAGCAGGCGUCUCCGCAACCCCCCGCUGCCCCCCCGGCGCUCCAUUCGCGCGGGGCCCCUCCCCCAGUGCGCGGACACCGCCCGCGGAUGCGGUCCAUGGGACAAUUGGCGGAUCUGCUCCCUGCGGACAGAGGGGGAUUCGGGGGCGCAGGGGGCGGGGGUUUCGCGGGGGAUGGCGCAUCAGCUUUGGGGGAUGGAUUGGGGGUGGAUAGGCUUGAUCUGGAAGGGGAGCAAGGGGAAAGUGGCGGAGGUGGCGGAUGGGGAAGUAGCGUGGAGGCGGGUAGCGGCCAGGUGUAUUUAAGAUCCAAUACUGGUUCCGGGCAUGCAUUUUUUAGGUCGAACAGUGGCAGUGGUAACAGAAUGGACGGCCUUCCCCCUGUUGCGACGGCAAAGCCGCCGCGCGCGCUGCGGAGGGUCAGCAGCGAGUGGGGCGAGCGGGGCGGGGAGGGGGAAGAGGGAAGAAGGCUCAGCGCAGGGGCAGCGGGGGUGAUGGGCGGAGGAGGGGGGAUGGGCGGAGUGCUCAGAUCCGCCAGUGGGGGGAGUAAUGACAGAAGGCCUGUGGGGGGAGGUCCGGGAGGAGCGGGGUCAGGAGCGGGGAUGGGAGGAGGACUGGUGCGGGGAAGGGGACAGUACGGGUCAGUGGUGGAGAGGGGGGUGCGGCAUCAGCAUCACCGCACCAUGUCCCUUGAUAGCUCCGCGCUCAUGCAAGGCGGAAUGGCCGCCCGCGGGGGGGGCGCAGGGGCGGCGCUAGGAGCAGGGGGAGGCGCGGCAGGGGGAGCACCAGGGGGAGGGGUGGGCGGAGUGGGCGGAUUCGGGGCAGCAGCGGGGGCAGCAGGGAUGGGCGGAGUGGGGGGGGGGAUAGUGUCCCGGGCAGUAGCAGCAGUGGGACCGAGUCCGCGGACGCCUGAGGGGGAGGAUGAAGCGACGAGGGUGCUGGAGCGGGAGUGGCAGAUGGGGUGGGAGCAGGAGCGGGAGGAGGACGAAGGGGGUCUGCCUGGGCUUGUAGGGCCGGCUGGGGAGCAUGCAGUUGGCGGUGGGAGGGAGUAUUCUCCUCCGUACAGCGACAUCGCGGAGCAGUUUGAGGUGCGGCGCCACGAGGUGGUGGCCAUGGGCGAGUUCAGUGUCGUGCGCGUGUGCCGCGAGGUGGAGACGGGCGUCAUGCUGGCGUGCAAGACCAUCGAGAAGGAUUCUAUUCACUCCAUUGAAAAGGACUCCAUUCACGUGCUUGCGCCGCUGGGGGGAGGUAUCGAGAGGGUGGUCAGAGGAAUUUUUGAGGUGUCUCGAAAGUCAGCGGAGGAAGCGCGGGACCUGAGGAGGGAGGUGGAGAUGAUGGAGCGAGUGGCAGGGCACUGCAAUGUCGUGCGCCUUCACGCUGUCUUCGAGGACCACGAGGUAGUGGACUAUUGUCCGUCCCGGCAACAAACCACCAACAACCAACCCUCUCUCACGCCCAUCUGCGACAUCCUAUUCGACGUUGCUACUCCCAUCUUCUCUCUCCACUGCACCCCACCUUUCCCCACUCCUCUCCCCUCUACCAUCCUGGGCGGCCAGAAUAUUCAUCUCGUGAUGGAGCUCUGUCGAGGAGGAGGCCUCUUUGACUACAUGCGUACCAAUGGACCACUCACCGAGCGGGCGGCGGCGUCCAUCUGUUUCCAGCUGCUGUCGGCAUUGGAUCACUGCCACGCGUGCGGUGUGCUGCAUCGUGAUGUGAAGCCGGAGAACGUGCUUCUAGCGAGGGCUGAGGGGGACUUUGGCAGCAUCAAGCUCAUCGAUUUUGGGAUUGCCGCUGAGCACCAACCAGGUAACUAG